AUGUUUCUCACCUUUAACUGCCUAUCCCACAUUCCACAGGCGGACCCAGACCGGCAACUUUUCAAGCUGACUCCAGUCGCUGGUGUUCUUUGCUCCUUGUCCAAUCGUCCUCCCAGUCUCUUUAAUGCACUUUUGCUUGCAGUCCUUGCAGUUUAUGCUGUAAACUAUGGAGCACUUCAUUUUGCCGAAUUUUUCAUGUUGUGCGGGCAAGCUGGUGCAGAAAGUUGUCCUUUCCUACAGGAUACUGCGGCAGAGGACGCAGGAAUCGGCAGCUGGCGGCUGAGUCUAGCAACUUGGCCAAUUCGGAAACAGAAAAAGAAUAGCUUUGACGUUGUGAUUGUUGGAUUGUGCAAAGAAGAUCUCGACACACCGUCCAGCCACCCCGAGUGUGAUUUCAUCCGUCAACUGGCAGACUUCGCCAGAUCUAGAGACGGUCAUUUCAGAAAGUUCUCCAAAAACACUCAACCAAGAAAGCUAGGCGUCUGA